CAGUUUUCACCCGCACACGAGUGAAUUACCACCUCAGGAACAUGACAAGAAAGUCUGUGUAUUUUCACAAGAAGUAUAAGAUAACGAUAUAGAGUCUAGUUUUAGUGCCGCAUAGCGCACAGCGUAGUCGUUGAAAAUUCAUGGCUGUAUAAUUAUACGCCGUGAGUAUUAUAUAGACGUCUGAAAAGUGGAUGAUAUUGGAUUUAUUCAUCCAAUAAAAAGAAAAUGGAGUCGUUCUUAGACCUUUUUGACACUGGGGAGAGCAAGCCGAGUAGGAGCAAGAGCUGGGAUGAUUCGGAGAAUGAGGAGAACGAUACCUCCGACUCCAGCAACAGCAGCAACAGCACCUUCGAGGACAACGAGGAGAGGCUGCCUCCUGAGCCGGAGCAAGGCAACGUAGAGUACAAACUGAAACUGAUCAAUCCAUCCAGCCAGAGGUUCGAACACCUGGUCACGCAGAUGAAAUGGCGUCUGCAGGAGGGCCAUGGAGAGGCCAUCUACCAGAUUGGCGUCGAGGAUAACGGAAAACUGGCAGGUUUAUCGAGAGACGAUAUGAAGGCUUCCCUGAAAACUCUGAGAGACAUGGCCGCGAGACUGGGCGCUACGACGAACGUGCUUCGCGAGCGUUCGACCCAUCCGAAAUCCAACAACAAGCGAGCGAAGGCGAAAAAUAACAAGAGCGAGGAGAAGAGGGUAGCCGAGGUUCUGAUUCGCAAGAUUAGAAAGGACGACCGCGAGGAGUGCGUGAUCGACCUGCGACUGGCGGUGAUGGGUGGACAGGAUGCCGGGAAAUCGACUCUGCUAGGCGUAUUGACACAAGGAGAGCUGGACAAUGGCCGGGGGAGAUCGAGACUAAACAUGCUUCGACACUUGCACGAGAUAAAAUCAGGACGGACCUCGUCGAUAUCUCACGAGAUUAUAGGUUUCGAUAACGAGGGACACGUGCUGAAUUACGCCGAACUGACAACAGCCGAGGAAAUUUGCGAGCAUGCUUCAAAAGUCGUUACUUUCAUAGAUUUAGCCGGUCACAGAAAGUAUCUGAGGACGACACUACUAGGAUUAACAGGCUAUUCACCUCAUUACGUGAUGCUAGUCGUUGCACCUCCCGUCAACGAAGUUGUGCAAGAACACGUGGCCUUGUGCUUGGCCUUACGCUUACCUUUCUUCGUCGUCCUUACUAAGGUUGACUUAGGCUAUUGCGAUCCUCGCGAAACCAUUACUCAAUUGGAGAGUAUUGCGAGGAUACAGGGCUGCAACAAAAACUUUGUCCUACGCAGUAACAACAACGGAGAUGCUCAGAGCAAUGACCCUGACAUAAUACCAGUAUUUCCUGUUAGCUGUGUGACGGGUGAAGGAUUAGAUGAAUUAACGAGAUUCAUACGAGAUUUAUCUCCAAUGGAUACAGUACCCCCUGAUUCAGAUCCUGACGCUUGCUUAUUUCAAAUAGAUGAAACAUUCAGAGUGGCAGGAUCUUCAGAGCCAGUGCUAGGCGGACUACUGGUCAAAGGAGCGAUCGCCUUGGGAACGCGACUAUUGGUCGGUCCAUCUCCGAAAGGAGAGUUUAGUCCAGUCAAAGUUGUCAGUCUGCACCGGAACAAGGCGCCAUGCUGUCUUGUCCGAGCAUCUCAGAGCGCCAGUUUAACACUAGCCCCUCCGACUAAAAGAGACCCUCCUCUACCGCAUCUACGCCCUGGUAUGGUAUUAGUCUCUAUUCGAGAUCACCCUCGAGCAACUCUCUUUUUCCAGGCAACUGUGAUAGUUGUAUAUCACGCUACUGCAAUUUACCCAGGUUUCCAAGCAACAGUUCACAUAGGUAAUGUCCGGCAAACUUGCGUUAUAGAGGGAAUAAUGGAGAUAAAAAAAGGCGGUUUACAAACAAACGAUACUGCAUCAGUAUUGUUCAGAUUUCUGAGUCACCCAGAGUAUUUGCAUGUUGACAUGCGUCUACUCUUACGGGAAGGUCGUACAAAGGCUAUUGGGAAAAUAACUCAAGUUUUUCCCUUAGAAGAUUAAAGUUAAAAAAAAAAAUUUUUUCGGUUUCAAAAAACAGAAGCUUUUGGUUUUUGCCGAAGUCUAGAUUCUCUCUUUCAUCCUCGGACGAAUUUAUCAAUGAGUACAACAUUGAAAAUUACGAUAUAAAUUACAUUAUUUGACGCUUUGACUACUUAGUGAAAAAGGCUAGUUUAGAUUUUUUCUCAAAAUUUUUCUCGUGAUGAUUAAAGUACACAUUCGUGCUGUGAAUUUUAUUAAAAAUCUCUUAUUUGAUAUAUAAAUAUAAAAUGUGAGUAAUAAAACCUUAAAAAUAUGUUGAUACAUAUACAUAUAUUUAUUUAUGUAAAUUCUUUAUACAAGAGAUAUUAAAAUGUAUAAAGGAUAAGAAAUAUGAAUGAUGUAGGUCGUUAUCGUGAUUGAAGUAAUGUGAUGCGACGAACAAAGAUUUUGAAACAAAUUUAAAUAUUCGCGGUAUUGUGUAUGUAUUAAGGUACGCUUUGACAUCGUGAGGCAGACAUUUUUCGGAGUAAUAAGAAUAUAUAUAUAUAUAUAUAUAUAUAUAUAUAUAUAUAUAUAUAUAUAUUUGCUCUGCGCAGGCCUGAGAUAACCCUCACGGAGAAAAAAAAAAUAUAUAUAUAUAUAUAUCCACGUGAAAGAAAAGUCUUGGACAAUUUUCUCAAUUGUUAAUUUAUUGGGAAAUUAAAAAAAAGUUUAUUUUUCUUUUAUAUUGUAGAUAUUCAUUUGUAUUCUAUAUAUUAUAUCGUACUUAGUAAUUAACUUUUAGUUGUUUAACCGGGUUAUAUUAUAUACAACCUCAUACUCUACUAUAUAGCGUAGUUUAUAAAGGAACAGAAGAUCAUAAUAUUUUCAAAACAUUAUUAUUUUUUGGUAAAUAAUUAAUAUAGAGUUAUUACUUUAAGAUUACCCUUUUGUGUUCGUGAACUAAAAUAUAUGAUUUCAUUAUAUAAAUUUAGCACAAAAAGUGGGUUUGAAAGAAAAUUGCUGGAAUUAUAUGUUAUACUUAUUUUUGUAUAAAGCGUCAUUUUUUUGUGAAACAUUUGCAGUCUUAAAAACAAGCAAUAAAAUGAUUGAUAACCAAUA